AUGACACCGGAGAAGAACUGUUCCUCGGAAUAUGCGACAGUAGAGGAGUCGGCGGCCUCGGCAUUCUCGUCAGCACGAGUGCCGACAUCAAACUAUUACGAAGAAGAAGUCGAAGCGUUCUAUGUGGACUUGGAGAAGUUCUACAGAGAAGAUCACACAUUCUUCAAGGUCAUCAUUGGAGAUUUCAACGCCAAGAAUAGGCCAAGAAGAUCGUCUGAAAUACGCCUUAUUUGGACUCAUGGAUUAGAAUGGAACGAACAGGGUGAGCGGCUUUCUGAGUUUAUCAUGGCGACCAAGACCAUCCAUGGUAACUCGCAAUUAAAAGUUCCCACCCUCAACGCUGGACGUGGGAAUCUCCAAAUGGUGAGUACCAUAACGAAAUAG